CAAUUUCUCUCUCUCCCUACCCUCACCCCUCACAUGACUCAUCCGUCGAGGUUUCUCGGCGGCUUAAACUCGUCCGCGUCGACUGAGUUCACGGAGCCCGGCGUCGUUCACUCGAGCUUCAUGCUUGUACUCACCGCCAUCUUGUGCGUCCUAGUUUUAGUUAUCGCUCUCGUCAUUCUCGUGCGCUGCGCUUGGCUCCGGUGGAACUCAGGGGCCGGCUGUUACCCUCCCCGACGGCUGGCGGAAAGGGGCCUGAAGGGAGAGAUUUUCCGGUCACUCCCCGAGGUCACGUACACCGCGGAACACGCCAGAAAAAUCCUAGAUUGCGCUGUUUGCCUCGCGGAGUUCGCCGUCGGGGACCAAAUCCGAGUGUUACCGCUGUGCGGCCACGGCUUCCACGUCGGAUGCAUUGACACGUGGCUCGGAUCUCAUUCGUCGUGCCCUUCGUGUCGCCAGAUUCUGGCUGUGGCCCAGUGCCAGGCCGGUGGUGGGGUGUCGGCGAGCUCCGCCGCCGGUGCUGAUGAGUCGGCCGGCGCGAGCGAGAUCAAUGCAGUAUUCCCUUAAUUGCUGGGCCCUUUCAGUGUCCCCUACUUCUGUUAAUUUUAUUUAAGCCCUGAGAUUUGAAAUGUGUGCCAAAUUGGUCAACAUAUUUUAACAA